GAAAAUAAUAAAGAAACUGCCGACGUUCUUAUUUCACAUGGUGCAAAUAUCAAUGAAAAAAAUAAAGAUGGAAUAACCGCACUUCAUUAUGCAGCAAUGCACAAUAAUAAAGAAACUGUCGAGGUUCUUAUUUCACAUGGUGCAAAUAUCAAUGAAAAAAAUAAAGAUGGAAUAGCCGCUCUUCAUGUCGCAGCAAUGUACAAUAAUAAAGAAUCUGCCGAAGUUCUUAUUUCACAUGGUGCAAAUAUCAAUGAAAAAGAUAAAGAUGGAAGAACCGCUCUUCAUUAUGCAGCAAUGCACAAUAAUAAAGAAACUGUCGAGGUUCUUAUUUCACAUGGUGCAAAUAUCAAUGAAAAGGAUAAAAAUGGAAUAGCCGCUCUUCAUGUUGCAGCAAUGUACAAUAAUAAAGAAACUGUCGAAGUUCUUAUUUCACAUGGUGCAAAUAUCAAUGAAAAAAAUAAAGAUGGAAUAACCGCUCUUCAUUAUGCAGCAAAGAAAAAUAGUAAAGAAACUGCCGAAGUUCUUAUUUCACAUGGUGCAAAUAUCAGUGAAAAAGAUAAAGAUGGAGAUACCGCUCUUCAUUAUGCAGCAAUGCACAAUAAUAAAGAAUCUGCCGAAGUUCUUAUUUCACAUGGUGCAAAUAUCAAUGAAAAGGAUAAAAAUGGAAUAGCCGCACUUCAUUAUGCAGCAAUGUACAAUAAUAAAGAAACUGUCGAAGUUCUUAUUUCACAUGGUGCAAAUAUCAAUGAAAAGGAUAAAAAUGGAAUAGCCGCUCUUCAUUAUGCAGCAUGGCGUAAUAGUAAAGAAUCUGCCGAAGUUCUUAUUUCACAUGGUGCAAAUAUCAGUGAAAAGGAUAAAGAUGGACAAACCGCUCUUCAUUAUGCAGUAAGUGAAAAUAAUAA